AUGCGCCGCGAGUUGAGCGAGCGUAUAAACCGUAGCGGGACGGAGGGGUGAGGUCGCCGCCUAAAUCGGAUUAGUUUUACGCAAUACGCGAUGACCGACUGCGAGCGACGUAAUCGUUUCACGUUAACGACGACGGCGACGAGCUGUCACCGUUCGCUCUGCGGCGUUCGUCGCCAACGACGACGACGACGACGACUACGACGGCGGCGAGAAGUCGACGACGACAACAACGACGACGGCGGGCAACAAGAUGAUGAUGAGCGGCGCGUACGCGUGGUGCAGGAGGCUCUCGAGGAUCGCGAGACACGGGCUUUUACCUCCUUCUUCUUCUUCUCCUCCUACUACUGCUAUUCCUACUACCGCCGCUGCACCGUGGAUCACGGCGCACCGCCGACGACGGAACGACGACGACGACGGGUCGUCACGCACGGCGCCACGGACGGGCUCGGUCGUCGCCGCCGCCGUCGGCGCCGACGGCGACGUUUCCACGGGUCGGAGUGCGCCGCGCGUUAUUCGCGCCUCGACCAUCCGAAAGUUAAUCAUGGAGCUUGAAAAUUGCAACGCGCACGGAGAUCAGGAGAACACGGGGCCUAACACACCGCAGCACGACAAUGAUCCGAGUGGUAACAAGAAGUGGUAUCGGCAAGCGAGCCAAAGAAUUUUCGUUAAUCGGAGUCUUCAUCUGGAGAACAUCAAGUUCUAUGGCUUCGACAUGGAUUACACAUUGGCAGAAUACAAGUCGCCACAAUACGAGCAAUUAGGCUUCAAUCUGCUCAAGGAUCGUCUAGUGUCCCUGGGAUAUCCGCAGGAAAUUAAGGCCUUCGAAUACGAUCCCAGUUUUCCCGUUCGUGGAUUAUGGUUCGACACUUUACACGGGAAUCUCUUGAAAGUGGACGCUUACGGGAACAUCUUAGUUUGUGUCCACGGCUUCGAAUUCUUGAAACACUCUCAGGUCUACGAGCUUUAUCCAAAUAAAUUUCUACAGUUAGACGAGUCUAGAGUCUACGUGCUCAAUACCUUGUUCAAUCUACCAGAGACCUAUCUGCUGGCAUGUCUGAUAGACUUUUUCACAAACUCACCGCAAUAUACCAGAGAAAAGACCGGAGUGAAAGAAGGUGAGCUCACCAUGAGCUUCAAAAGCAUAUUUCAGGAUGUCCGAAGCGCGGUAGAUUGGAUACACCUUCACGGUGAUCUGAAAUCGAAGACUAUCGAGAACUUAGAUGAAUACGUAAAGAAGGACGAGAGAUUGCCUAUGUUCCUUACGAGAAUCCGAGAGAGCGGAGCAAAAGUGUUUUUAUUAACUAACAGUGAUUACGUUUUCACGGACAAAAUUAUGACUUAUUUGUUCGAUUUUCCACACGGUGCACGGCCUGACGAACCGCACAGAAACUGGAAUACCUAUUUUGACACUAUUGUGGUAGACGCUCGAAAACCAUUGUUCUUCGGUGAAGGGACAAUCUUGCGUCAAGUGGACACGAGAACGGGUGCUUUAAAACUUGGUACUCACAAAGGACCGCUUCAUACAGGGGAAGUAUAUUCCGGAGGCUCGUGCGAUGUGUUUACUGAAUUAAUUGGCGCAAAAGGAAAAGAUGUGUUGUAUGUCGGUGAUCACAUAUUCGGCGAUAUUUUAAAGAGUAAGAAGAUAAGGGGCUGGAGAACAUUUUUAAUAGUCCCUGAAUUGGUUCAAGAGUUACACGUAUGGACUGACAAAUGUCAAUUGUUUGCCGAAUUACAGCGUCUGGACGUUAUGCUCGGGGAAAUGUACAAAAACUUAGACAGUAGUACAAAAGAAAAACCGGAUAUUUCCAAAUUACGCGCGUCCAUAAGGGAUGUCACGCACAAAAUGGACCUUGCUUACGGUAUGAUGGGUUCUUUGUUUCGUAGCGGAAGUAGACAAACGUUUUUUAGCAGUCAAGUCGUUAGGUAUGCUGACUUAUAUGCGGCGACUUUCUUGAAUCUGAUUUACUAUCCCUUUUCGUAUAUGUUCAGAGCACCUGCUAUGCUGAUGCCUCAUGAGAGUACAGUAGCACAUGAACAAAGGUUCGUUAUGGAAACGCCGAUGAUAAGUCGUUCGAGAACGUUUAAACUAGCAGACGAGGAGGAAGAGCAUAAUCGGCCUUCUUCCAAUUUGUAUGUGGAUCAUUUUAAUAAUCAAAUACCACACGCAAGACCGGAAACACCGCGUAAUGUUACACAUACACACGAUGAAGAUUGUAGCGAUGAAGAUAGUGAUUCGCAGAAGCAAGCUAAUCAAAUGAGAGUGUCUACAAGAAACAUAAAUUGCAAUUGAGAGAUAAGUCAUAUUUUAUGAUAUAAUAUACUCAGUACUAUUUUUCAUUAUACUUGAAAUAGACUGAAAAACGAAACGAUUGAUGUAUAAUAUGUAGAAUUUUGUUUUUCAAGGAAUCGUAGAAUAUGACGUUUCAGCUGCGUAAACUAUUUUUAGUCAAAAUAUAUAUGGUAAUUUAUAUUUUUUAAACGAUGUCGACAUAAAAGACAAAACUCGGCAAUAUUUAUAUUAAUUAUAUUAAUUCCUCGAAGAAAAUUUUAAUAUUUUUGUAGGUGGGAUAUUAUUAUGUAAUAAUUAGCGCACAAAUGUUUAUAUUAUGAAAUUAGCUAUAUUGAAUAACACAACACGUAAUAGAUUUUAUUAGGAUUGUAUAUGUUGUAUAUUAACUUCACAUGAUUAUACAUAUAUGUAUAUUAAAGUUGAGGAGUAUUAUAUUGAGGUUUUGAUAGAAGAUAUCAACGAUAUUAAACUUGUAAAAUUGAGUAUCAGCUCGCUCUUUUUAUAUGCAAUAUAAGCUUAUACUGAAACUGUAAUCGAAGUAAUAGAAGUUGAACGAGAUGUAACAAUCUCUAAGUGAAUUGUGCAAUUUAGGCUAGGUGUACAGAACAAAUAUAAAACAAUCUUAUAAAAUCGUUCUUCGAAUUAGUAAUUGCAUAUUCAAUAGAUACUAAUUUUAAUUAAUUAAAUAAUGAAAAAUAAAAUCUGUAAUUCUGAAUCAAGACAAGAAAUACUAACAAGUUACUAAAUUCAUGUUAAAAAGUGUUAGAUAAGUCUUUACACUGCAAGAAAAUAAGACAAUAUUCAAUUUUGUAUACGAUCAAAUUGUAGGAUGCAUUGUAAACUAGCAUAGAAUAUUAGCAUAGAAUAACAAUAGAAAAAAAUCGAAACAGAAAAAUGUUGAUCCAUUAGUAUCAAAUUAAUGAUACACACACACACACACACACACACACACACACACACACACACACACACGCACACACAAAUGUACAAAAUAAAAAUUUAUUCUAUUUUACAUGAUUAGAAUACUUUAAAAUUACAAAUUUUUUCUCUUUGAAAAGCUUUCUGGAAAUAUCAAUAUAUAAUCUCUAUUCAUACAACUCAUAGAAUUUGUUUAUAUUUCCUUCAGAAAAAUUAUUUUGUUACUAUAUAUUAACAAUAAUAUAUUAUCAAUAUUGUAAUCUUCGUAAUCUAUAUUAGGCGCCAGGAAUGCCUUAAUACUGAAAUUAUAUAUUGAGUUUUAGCAUAUUUGGGGCAGGUUUAGAUUUGUUAAUUUAUCUUGCCCCUUUUUAGUUAUAAUAUUGCUCAUCAUGUACAUUAAAAAAGAAAAAUAAUAAAAUAAUAAAUAAAAUUAGAGUUUUUAAACUUA